AUGUCUACAUCAAAACGUGGAAGAAAGCCCAAAGUAAAAUCAAGCGAAGCUAAUACAGAAAUUAAUGAAAUUGAAACUUCACCUAAAAUUAAGUCACUAGAAGAAUCAACGACUACCACUAAACGUGGUCGAAAAACCAAGUUUAUUUCAACUGAAAAUGAUACCAAAAAUAAAAAUGAUAUUGAGUCUACAACAGUCACUUCACCUACUACAAAAGAAACAACGACUACAACUAAACGUGGUCGUAAACCAAAAAAUAAUAAAGGAGUUGAAACUCCAAAACUCACUGAAGCUGAAACAACGACCACUAUUAGACGCGGUCGUAAAAAAGAAACCGCAACUAAUAAUACAGAUAUUGUUAAUUCUAAUGAAAUAGAUAUUAAUAAUUCUAAUGAAACCAAUAUUUCAGAUACUACAGAUACUCAAACUACUACUACAAGCAAUAAAAGAGGAAAGCGAAAACAAAAUAAAACUUCAAAUGAUAUAAAAAAUAGUUCACCCGAGAAUACUAAUACAGGGAAUAAUGAUGAUACAAUUAUUUCAGUUGAAACUACUCAAAAUACUACAAUUGAUCGAAGGGGCAAAGGAAAGAAUAAUGAAGAAAACGAAGCAUUUACUAACAUCAAUUCUGAAGCUACGCCAACUGAGAUUACUGUAAAAUCUUCAACUGGUCGUAAAAGUAAGAGAAAAGUUGAAGAUAUCCCUAGCGAUAGUGAUAAUGAAACAAAGGCACAAACUUCUGGAAGGAAGAAGGCCAGAAAAAUCCCCAAUAAAAUAGUUGAAACCGAUGAUGAAGACGGGCAAGAAUCAAAGGGAAAAAAAUCCAAAACAAACCAAGAAGAAGAAAAAAGACUAGCUAGAUUUAGAUUUGUUUGUUCUUCUGCCACCCAAGAUAGAAUUGGACGAGCAGUAUCCCAACGCAUGUAUAUGAUUAACCGAACUGAGAUCAACGAUUUACACCAAGAAUUCACGGUUUUAGGUUCAAUUGGAAAUGUUUAUACUGUUGUUAUUACAAAAGUCCCAUCAUGUUCUUGCCCCGAUUUCCAGAAAGUUUUGAGAGUAGAUCGACGAAGCAACCUUAUUUAUCAGAAAGCAUUAUUAACAGAUGAAUUGAAAUCAAUUUUUGAUAACGCAGCCCCUGAUCCAACUCAGGCAAGUAAAAAGGUUCAAGAACAAUAUGCAGCAAUUGCUUCGGGAAGUCAACCAGUCGAAGAAGCUAAUGAUAAACGUAGACCAAUAGAUGGUGACUGUCCAAUCUGUUACGAACCUUUGGAUGAAAAAGAAAAUUUGGUUUGGUGCAAAAGUGGUUGCGGCAACAAUUUACACAAAGAUUGCUUUGCGCAGUGGAAAAAAUCAAAAUCAGUUUAUGAUAAAGUUACUUGUGUCUAUUGCCGAAUUGAAUGGGAAGAAGAAAAAUCAGGGGAACCUACAAACGAUGAGGGAUAUAUAAACCUUGCAGAAGCACAGGGAAUGUCAAUUAAACGAGAUGGCAUAGAUAUGGGGGAAGUUUUACAUGGAAGAUAG